AUGUUCGGAGGUGCCGCCUUCCAAUCAAAAAGAAUAAGAAUAAAAGCAUUACCUGAUUCGCGUGGGGUGGCUCCUAGCAGAGUAGCCGGGUCGAGGCGAGGCGCCGGUGAGGAGGAGGCGCUUACCCAAGAAACCGGGUCGAGGCGAGGCGCCGGGGAGAAAGAGGAGGGCUUCCGGGUCGAAGCGAGGCGCCGGGGAGAAAGAGGAGGGAUGUCGAAAAUUUAA